GUGUGUUUGUGCGUGUGGAGUCAAGAGGGCUGACACAGCAGAAUCCACUGCAGCUUGGAGGGAUGUGAGGAUGAUGGGGAUGAUGUGGAAGAUGAUUAUAAGGAGAAGGGAGGGGGCCAACGCGCGCGCAUACAUCACACACACACACACACGUUUUAAGGACGUGGAACCCACGCAGACGAACGCGUGAAAGGUGCAUACGCAGAAACCUUGUGGGUUUACAAAGCUUUGCUGGAGUGGCCGUCUGUGCCUAGGACGUGGAGCGUAAGGAAGGAGGACUGGAGGACUGCGGAAGGAGGACUGGAGGACUGCGGAAGGAGGACUGUUUGCAACAGACCCAAAAUGGGGAAGAGUGAGAUCAGGCAAAGAAGAGGAGGAAUGGAGUAGGAGUGCAGAUUGGACAAACCCAGCUAAAAAAAGAAGGUACAAAAGAACAGAGGGAGAGGUUGAUUUACAGAGCGAGAAGUGCGAACAGAGAGAGAACUUGAUUAGAGCGAAGGAGGAGAGGAGCGAUGCGGUGGACGAGGAGGAGGUCUCCAGGACAGAGGAGAGAGGUGGUGGAGGAGGAGAAAGACUCUGACACAUCGUUCACCAUGCCUUUCUUUAGUAGAGCCAACACCAACUUGGACGCCGAGUCGAAGCGUAGCGCGGCGACGGCGGCGGCCCACUUCCGGUCUCCAUGGCAACAGAGCGUGAAUGUGUUCGGCUCGUGGAGCAGGCCGGACUGUGUCCAGGAGCUGCACCAGGAGGCUCAGCUUAACCUGCAGACUCUGCUGCAAGACUUUGAAGAGCAGCUGUACGACACCAAAGUAACUGGCCAGACAUUCCGCCACCCAACGUCAUCCUCCCUGAGUUCUGAUGACACCUCCACCGCUCAGAGUCGCUCUCCUGUCUCCCCCAACAAGAGACCGGAGUUAAUCUUCCUGCCGGCAUCUAAGGGACAUGUUAGUUCCGAGGGCGAGACGUCCUCGCUGAGCAUCAGAGGCACAGACCAGUCUCCCUCUCUGUCCCCGUGUGGGUCAGAUCGCCCUCUAGUAGGCUGGAGCAGUACCUCCUUGGGCCCCCCUGUGGCUGAGAAACCCCGCUGGCAUCUGGGGCGAUAUACCCCUGCUAAUCUGCUGCCCCUCGACGUCACAGGUGAAGGUAAACACCUGGGGUUAGACCUACUGCAGGGCUCCUAUUACACCGGCCCCCCCUCUCCGACCCUGGGAUCUGGUGGAGGAGGCCAGCCGCGGUCUCUGGAGCCUAUGACAAACACCCCUGUCCAGCAUCUUCCACUGAGGAAGACCCAUAGUGACCUGGACCCCAGCCUUAGCCUUCCGCAGUCCCCAAAGACCCCUCCUCCAAUCCAGGGUGUCAUGGACCAUUCUGCCUCCCUCUUCUGCUCCAACUCCCCUUCCCAGUCCUGGAAUGGCCCAAAGGGCUCCACGUUUUCCCCAGGAACGUGGAACGACGCGUAUAAUUAUACCCUAGCCCCUGGUCCAGUAGGGAAGGGCCCAGCGACCAUGCCCAAGGGGUUAGGUAAGGUGGGUACAGUCGGGGGGCAGGGCGGGGUGUUGAUGUGCCACUCUCAGACCGGUUCAGGACUGUCUUCGGGUUCACAGUCAAACUCCAGCUCGUUCACGUCCAUAUCAGAACCUUCCGGACAUAGGCACGUCGGCACCAUCGGGAUGAUGAUGGGGAGGCGGAGUGAGACCGAAGGAGCGUCUGCGAGCCCCCCAGGGGAACGGAGGGGAGCAGAGGGAGGGACGGCGGCAGGAGAGAGGAGGGAGAGGUCGGCGCGCUCCAUUGCUGCUGCGAACGCAUUCAAGUUCCGCGAGCGCUCUCUCUCCACGCCGACGGAUUCUGGAUCAUUGGGCUCCACGGAUAAUGGCGGCGGCGGGCCACACGGUGCUGCAGGUGUACCGGGUGCCGGUAACGGGAUGCACGGGAAGGACGGUGGGGCUUUGACAGAGAUGCACCGACGCGAUUACCCCCGCGGUGAAGGGUGUGACCGGGGCGAGAGCUACGCCCUCCUUUACCCAAGUGGGAGCUCCGAGGACGGCAGCGCCAGUGCCGACAACGUCUCCGUGACGGACGCCAGCUUUCCGGCCGACGGUCGCCUGCGGCUACGCUCUCGUUCCAUCUCACUGAAGAAGUCCAAGCGUAAACCCCCGCCGCCCGUCCGCAGCGUCUCGCUCAUGAAGAAUCUAGGGGACGCCGAAGGGCGAAUGUGCGGUUACGACGUAAGACACUACCGGGACGGACGCCCCAAAUCCCUCCACAUCCCCCGGGAACACCUCCAGGACUUCCAACCAGACUUCCUCCUUCCCUCUUCGGUCUCCAAGCCUGAUCUGGAGGAGCCCGAGCUGGGUCACAGCAUGUUGGACGGGCCCCCUAGCCUGGAGGUCCAGGAACCAGAUAGCACAGAGCUGUCUUUCCCAGCCCACUGGCAGCUGGGCGAUUGGAAAGCUUCUGACCCCUAUAGGUCUCUAUCUGGGUCCAGUACCGCCACAGGGACUACAGUGAUUGAAUGUAUGAAGGUGCAAGGCAGCUCAGAGUCUCUCCUCGACUCCCCUUCUACGUCCAGAGCAACGUCUCCCUCCCUGCUCUCAGUUGAGGCUGAAUCGACCAAAGCGUUGUCCCCCUUCAAACCGCCAGGAGUCAUGUCCCCCUCCAGCGGCUACUCCAGCCAAUCAGAGACUCUGACACCCAUCACCCCCUCCAAUCAGGGGGUGGGAACAUUGACCGGGCCCGCCUCCACGAUGGGUUGCAAGAUGCGCCCUAAAAUCCCUGAGAGGAAGUCUUCGCUGCCAGCGUCACCACGAGACCCAGCAGCCAGGUCAAGGCUGUCUUUCGAGAUGCCAGUUAACGCUCACCUGGACCUGUCCUCUAUCAAACCCAAGCAAAAGGCAGGCCGGCGCCAUUCUGACACAUCAACCGCCGCAAAGCCCGGGAAACUGAGUCCCAGCAGCCAAUCCGCUCUUCCCGUUGUGACCACAAAUGAGCUCCGGAACAUCCGCCUGCGCUCCGUCUCUCGCACUGAUUUGGAGGACUGCCCAGAUGGAGCCUCCGAUGACAUCAUUGAGGAGGAGCAGGGUCGUGACCUUUCCCCCACGCCCGUCACCCACGGCGGCAUGCCAGGCCCCCUGGUUGCUCCCAAACCCAAACCUCCGGUUGCGAUGAAGCCCCCAUUACCCAAACGCCCACUCAACCUCCUCCUUAAAUCCCCUUCCUCCUCCCCUGUUGCCUCUGACUCCCCCCCUGCCUCCCCUGUCGAUUACCCCCGGCCAAUGCCUAACCCAAGCAUUUACAUGGUGAUCGGUAGGAAGCCCAAGCUGAAAAAAGCCCUCCCCCACACCCCCACCAGCCCCUGUGGAGCCCUGGACCAACCCCCUACCUUCCCCCUCCACCACCCCCAGGCUCUGUACGAACACCCCUCAUUCAGCCACAUCCAGUCCCUGUAUGAUCUCCCACCCCUACCUCUGCCCCAACCCCUCCUGGAAGACCCCACCAUGGAGCCGGAGUUCAACCCAGUCUUGGAGCUCGGGCCUGAGGAUGGAGGAUCACUGCCCUCUCCCUGCAGCAACCCAGAGGUGGUGGACACUCAGGAUAAGAGCAAGACCCUGCCCAGUAGGAUGACCAUAUCCUGUCUGGCCGAACUGGACCGGAAGAAAACCAAGGUUCCUCCGCCGGUUCCCAAGAAACCCAACGUCCUGCUCCUUCCUUCCAAUUCUACGGCUGUCCACUCGAACGGCACCACCGACAGAAUGGGAACAACGACAGACAGCCCAGCCACUCUCCAUUCUCCCGUCAGUGCAUUCCCAACCCAGGAGCUUCCCGGGAAAGAAGACCACCAGGAAAACCACCUGGGAACGGGCACAGACGAGGACAGCUCCUUGGAGUCUUCGUUACAGUCCUCGCUUCAGGAUUCGUCCCUUACAGACUUGGAGGGAAGGCUCGUCAUCACAGAGACGGGGGAUGAAGUGAUGUUUGAGAGUGUUGCCGGCAAUCUUGAUGUUGGGGGCAAGACAGAACUCCACAUCACAGAGGAAACGGAUUACGAUGUUGGGGAACACACACCUACCACGCACACGACAGAGGAUCUGUUCACCAAAAUACACAGGUCGAAGAGGAAAGUCCUGGGCCGCAAGGAACCUGGGGACUCGUUUGGCAGCCGCCAGAGCCUCAUCUCCCCGGUGAAGCAUAGCACCAGUGGUGGUGAUCUCCGAACCAUGACCCUGGGCUCAACCCCGCGCUCCAGCUCGCGGAACGACAACUUCAUGGCCCUGCUUCAGAAGAAGGGCAACAAGUCCAGCACGGGUGGGGCCCGUGUUUCGGCCAUGGAACUCCUGAAGAGCACAAACCCCCUUGCACGACGCGUCACAGAAUUCUAUACGUCCACAGAGGGUGGCGGGGACGCGACCGCGUGGAAUGAAGGAAACAACUAGCCGGAGUUUCUUCAUAAUGUAGCUUUACCAAGGCCAAGAGAUCACCUGGCUAUCACAGCAGGGGUCUAUAGACGAGUAUACAUGAAUAUAGUUACAGAUGACCACUUAUAGAUUACCCUGAAGGACUAUGAAUGGCAAAAGGAACUUCCAACUCGUCAAUGCAACCUAUUACACAACCUCUCAUAAAUGUUUAUUGCCCUCCCAGUGGUUGCAUCUUAUAGUUAUCAGAAAAGUUCUUUUCAUACGCCAUCCGUUUUGGUGGGAUAUUAUUGUUGGACGUCUCCUUUGGACUAAAGGAGGAAUUUUAAUGUCAUGCUUUAACACAGCAACUUUGCUUGUGUUUCUGGUGUUGCUACAAUACCACUGUCUAUGGUCCAUCCCAAAACCAUGGACUUUUCUGAUUGGGUACGUUGUAAGACUGUCCUUGAUAGUGAAGGAUGCCACACUGAACCUAACACUUAAGCAUUUUCAAAAUCUUGAUUGGAAGAACAGGCACCUAUGUUGCUAAAAGGAGUUGUCGGGCGGGUGUCCCUCCUUUCCUUUCACGGUGCCCCUGGGCUAAUCCGCAAACAGGAGGUGAACCCUGGUCUUGUAAACGCACGUCUUUUAAAGACAUAGUGUGUGAGUGUGUCGUUUGUUCUGUCCCUCACUCUAAAAAUAAAAAAGGAAUGGCCAUGUACUACUGUGAUAUUAUGGUAAUGCAGAAAACAUUCCACAGGACAAUCCAAUCCACAAAUGGACCUGCUACCAAGUCGAUCCCCCUUACAUUUAUAAUCGAAGCACUUUGACGGCCUCAUAUGCAGGUCGCUUAAAAUCACAAGGACACGUUGAUGCCUGUGUCAUCCGUGUCAUUUGUUUGUUCACAUUUUUCAUAUGAGAUAGGUCAUAUAUUCUCAGAUUGUAUUUAGCCUGUACAGAGUUAUAGAUACCUACCAUUUAAAAAGAAAUAUAUCAGCUUGGUCUGCUCUAAGAGAGUUUGGAGACACUGUACAUUUGUAGUACUGCUAACUUGGUAGUAAAUAAAAAUAGUAUUAAAAGUCCCAUGUACAGCAGGAGACGCCCCGGCCUACUGAAACAGACUAUGACCAAGCGAUACGUCUCAAAGCAAAACAGUGACAUCAAAACCAACCGAAUGCCAUGGAACACACGCCAAACCAUUGCGUUCGGGUCUCCACACACUGCCGCCUGUGUGUAUUUGCAUGUGUAGAGGAAAUGAUGACCAAACACAGAAGGAGAGGAGUUAAAGGUGGAGGUUAUAAAAAGGAAGCCUGUGGAUCUUUCUUAAUGGAGAGUAUGAUACAGGGUUGGGUCCAGAAGUAGAUUUUCUGUGUGUGUGUGUGUGUGUGUGUGUAUUCCCAUGUGCGUGUGUGCGUGUGUGUGUGUGCGUGUAUGUGUGCUUGUUUUUAUUACCUUGUGGGGCCAUUUUGUCCCCAUAACUAUAGUAAAACCUGAAAAAUGGGGGGACAUUUUUAGGGCCCCAUAAGGGGAAAGUAAAUUUCCGGCUCAGGGUUUAGGUAUAGAGGCAAACUUACAAUUAAUUUUAGAGUUAGAAUCGGGUCCAAGUGUUGUUGGUCUUUAAGGUCCAGGUGUUGUUGGUUAGGUUUAGGGUUAAGAUUUUUCAGGGCCCCAUGAGGAUAUAAAAACAAAAGUGUGUGUGCGUGUGUGUGUGCAUUUGUGGGUGUGAAGACAGACAAGAGUUCAUUAAUUCACCCUAAGGAGACGAUUAAGUGGUCUGAAUCAUGAAAAUGUACUGUUUGGAAUUGUGAAAUUGUGGAACUGAGAGGGGAUUCUAGAACCGAGCAACGGGUUCUAGAACUAGGGGGGAUUCCAGAACUGAUUAAAAUCUACUCUUCUGUAGUCAUGCCAAAAUAUCCAGAGACAGACCAGGAAUACAGCUAUCCAUCCGUCAGCCAUAUUGGAAAUGAAAAAGAAGGUCAUGGAUCAGUCACCUUCCCCUUCAUGCCCUCUCCUAAACAGUUCUUGCAAUGUUUUGUGAAGUGGUGAUUCUUCAGGCUCUCCCUCUCAUUCAAUUUCCCUCCAUGCUAGCUGGGACAUGCACUCCAUCUGUGUCUCUCUGCCCAUAGUGAAGCCCUCCCGACUCCACCUCUCCCGUCGUCUGUCCAUCCUUGCCCCUCCUGUUCUCUCUAUGCAGCUGAGCUUCACGUUCACAGGCAAAGCAGCCUGAAUGUCAAUGAAUGCUAGGAAAAGAUGCCGUGUUGGGGUUGCGUUUCAAAGCGCUACUCCUUCUACCCCCUCUGCCAGAAAUGCAACACAAUUUGUUCCCUGUCUUUCUCUCCAUUGUGUGUCUCCAUAUAUUCAGGCCAACCAUUCACAUCUCAAGGAAUAUAGCAAGGUGGACAGUGUCCAAAGGGACUAUCGGAAAAAGGACAGUGAGUGAAUGUCUGGAUGUGUACAUAAAGGGAAGAAUAGUGAACUUCAGAUCAACUCAGACUAUGAAUUAAUGCCUGAUAUUAACUCUUGCUUCCUUCUUUCUCACUCUCCUGGAAUGGACAGUGGAUCCCUUAGUUCUGGGUUCCAUUCAUGUGUUUUAAUGUUCUAAAACUCAAUUCAGCUCUCAUUUCCCUUUCCCUCUCUUUGUCUCUCAAUCAUAAAGAGAAAACACAAAUCCUGGUGCUAUUGAGUUAGAGCACCCUCUUGUGGACACAAAGAGGGAGCACACCCUAUAAGACAUCUGAUCUCUCCCACAGUAACAAUACAGAGACUCCAGGUCUGGAAGGUUUUUUGUAACAUUUGGUCAUUCAGGAACAGCAAAAACAACAUAUAUAAAUAUAAUUAAAAGAAAAAAAACGUAAAUACUUACGUUAUUAAUAGUCAAGUGACACUUGUUUUAAAUAUUUAGUGAAUGGAACUAUAAAAAAACAAAUAUGACAAAACUCUAUGUUAGUUUGCCUUGUAUUCUGGCGUGUUGUUUACGCCUCUGUGUUUUUGGCAUAGAAAUAGAAUAACUAGAAUGUGCAACUCCUUUCAAGUCAAUUAUGCAUUAAUGUCAAAUUGCUAUGUUAGAAGUUGUAUGCUCAUUCUACUGAUCCUAAUUCUAUCAUUUCAGCUACCUUGGUUUCACACUCCCUCAGAGGUAUGCAAAGUUUUUACUUUCCUCUUUCUGUUCUGAUGUACUAUGGUCAUGAUGGUAAUACUUUAUACUAUGGUCAUAUUCAUGUGCAGAUAUUAUGGUAUUACUGUAUCCUGUAAUCAUACUGUAGUUAUAACAGUAAUACUGUACACUAUGGUUACUACAGUCGUGUACUGCACUGGCAGUUAGGGUUGUAUGUGAUGGUUACUUACUGUUGGCAGUAUGCUAUGGUUACUGCAGUAAAAUACUAUGGUUAUUGCUGUAAUCCAGUGUACUAUGGUUACUGCAGUCAUACAAAGCCAGGUAUUAGGAGAGUUUGGCCAGGUUUUGGAAAGUGCAUUGUUGGUGCCUUUUAUCUUGAAAAUAUUGUGAGUAAUAGUAGAUAGUCUUUGACAAUUCCCUAAAAAUUACAUAUAAUUAAAAAAACAUAGCAACAAAAUUAAAAAAACUUUACUGAUGAGCAUUCAGAAUAAUGCUCAUACACUGUUGUGGUGUCAGCAAAUUGCACAUAUACUUUCACCAUAUUUCUUUAUUUGGAAAUGAAAUGCUCAUCUCAAAACAUGAAUUAUCCCUUAUCAGCUGCUAUAAAUACAAAUGUGGCACUCUCUGGAAUUUCAGUAACUGGCCAAACUCUCUAUAUGACUGAUCAUGUACAAGGUUAAUACAGUAAUAGUACUUUAAACAAACAGAAUAUACUAUGGUUAUCAUAGCCAUAUACUGUGUUAUUAUGGUAAUACUGUAUACUGUUGUUACUAUAACUAUAUAUACUGUGAUUAUUAUGGUAAUAUUGUAUACUAUGUUUACUUGAGUCAUAUCCUUUUAUCACAGUAAUACUGUAUACUAUAAUUACUACAGUCAAGUACUGUGGUUAUUAAGGUCAUACUGUAUGCUAUGGUUACCACAGUCAUAUUCUGAUGUUUCAACGGUAAUACUAUAUUAUAUAAUAUAGCUAUAUACUGUAGUUAUUACAGUAAUACUGUAUACUAUGGUUACAUCAGUCAUAUACUGUGGUUAUUACUGUAAUACUUUAUACUAUAUAUAUACAGUGGAUAUAAAAAGUCUACACACCCCUGUGAAAA